AUGCAUCUAAAUAAAUUAGGCAAUAAAAAAGGUUCAAUCCCUUAAGUAGGAUUUGGUACAUAUUAAUUACAAGGAAAUAACUGUAAAUAAGCCAUAUUUGAAGCGCUAAAAUUAGGUUAUAAUCAUAUAGAUACCGCAAGUAUAUACAAAAACGAAUAAGAAAUAAAUUUAAUAAUAAAUGAUAAACAAUUAAAUAUCUAAAGAGAAAAUUUAUUUAUAACGUCUAAAAUAUCACCGGCAGAAUAAGGUACACAAAAUUCUUUAAAUGCAGUUGAAUAGAUAUUAAAAAGGCUAAAUGUUUCUUAUUUAGAUUUAGUUUUGAUUCAUUGGCCUGGAGUAAGUAAAUAUAAAUUAGAUGAUCCUAAAAUAGCUUAAAUAAGAUUAGAAUCAUGGAAAAGUUUGAUAGAUUUAAAAAAUAAAGGUGUAGCAAAGCAUAUAGGAGUUAGUAAUUUUAAUAUUAAUCAUUUAUAGCAUUUGUUUGAAAAUAGUGAUGUUAAACCUGAAGUUAAUUAAUUUGAAAUACAUCCUUUAUGUUAUGAUAAAUAACUUAUUAAAUUUUGUGAAGAUAAUAAUAUAAUAAUUGAAGCAUAUAGUUCUUUAGCAAGAUAGGAUGAAAAAGUGAUUAAAAAUCAAUUUAUUGUAAAUUUGAGUUUAAAAUAUAAAAAAACUGUUCCUUAAAUUUUACUUAGAUGGGCAAUUUAGCAUAAUUUUGUAAUUAUUCCAAAAUCAAAAACUCCUAAAUAUAUAUAAGAAAAUUUAAAUAUUUUUGAUUUCGAAAUUAGUUAAGAAGAUAUGUAAAAAUUAGAUGAUAUGAAUUAGAAUUAUCAUACUUGCUGGGACCCUUCUGCUGUAUUAUAUUGAAAAAAUUUCUUUUAAAAAAUUCUAUAUUAUUUAUCUAUUAAAGUUUUAAGAUAUUUGUAUUUUUAUUAAAAUAAUUUUC